GCCGCGCGCCCCGCGCCCCCGCCGCGCCUCACCUGGCUCGCUGACGACGGUGCGCCGCUCACAGACUUGCCCGGAGUCAGGCGGAUUCACCCGAACGGCACGCUGGAGCUGCUGCCGGCGGGCGCGUUCGCGGCGAGCGGGCCACGCCUCGUGCGCUGCCGGGCCGACAACGCCCACGGGACCAUCGUCUCUAGAGACGUGCACAUUGUGCCAGUGGCGGACGGCAACUGGGAGGUGGCAGUGGAGGCGCCGGCGGCGGGCGCGGGGGGCGUGGCGGCGCUCACGUGCCGCGUGAGCGGGGCGCCCGCGCGCGCCGCUCUGUGGUACCGCGCCGACACCGUGCUCUCUGUCGAUGCGCCCGCGCCUGAAUCGCGCUACCUGUCGGCGGGCGACACGCUGCUGAUCCGCGGCGUGUCGGCGGCGGACGCAGGCGCCUACAGCUGCCUGGCGCGCCACGACCUCACCGCGCUCACCAAGCGCUCGCGCCCCGCGCUGCUCAAUGUGCUGCCGAGCUCGGCGGGCUCGGCGCCGCGCGUGGUGUCGCCGGCGCGCGAGCUGGCGCCGCCCGCUGGCGCGCUGCUGUGCCUACCCUGCGCCAGCACGGACUACCCGCCGCCACACUACACUUGGUACCGCGAGUCGCAGGGGCGACUGCAGCCCGUGGAGGCAUCGAGCAGUGUGUGGCUGUGGAGCGGCGGCGCGGCGCUGUGCGUGCGCGCCGCGCGAGACACCGACGGAGCUUGGCUCUGCAAAGCUUACAAUGUAUUUGGAGACGCUACGGCUCAAAUAAGACUUGACGUGCAACUUGAUAUUACUGUUACCAUACAGCCAGAAUUCACGGUGAGCACUCAAGGUGUACAGGUGGCGGAGGCGGGUAGCACAGUGCGCCUCAACUGCAGCAGCAACGAGCCGGGCGCGUCGCUGCAGUGGGUGCACAACGGCGCGGUGCUGGCGGGCGCGGCGGGCGGCGCGCUCGUGCUGCGCGGCGCCGCGCGCUCGCACGCCGGCGUCUACCAGUGCGUCGCGCGCGCCGGCCUGCGCAGCGCACAGGCCUCCGCUGAAGUUAGACUUGGGAAUUCUCCGCCGGAACUCCAAUACACGUUCAUAGAGCAGGCGCUGCGCGCGGGCGGCGCCGUGGCGCUGCGCUGCGCCGCCGCCGCCACGCCGCCGCCCGCUUUCGCGUGGCUGCUCGACUCGCAGCCGCUCGACCGCUACAUUCCCAGACACAGGUACCACAAACACCACCACCGUUCUAACAAUAUACCGCCAUACAUAGCUUCAAUAUUACCAUCAUCAUCCCACAUGGGGAGCGCAUAA